AUGAAGGAUGGGUUUCUAGCUCUUGUGGAAAGAGUAGAACAAGGUCUAGCAUUGGAAGAUGUUCCUAAAGCAUUUUUUAAUCAAGAUGUUUUCCAAGAUAUCUCUGGUUUACCUCUAAGGAGGGUAGUGGAGUUUACUAUUGAGUUGGUUCCAGGAACGUCACCAAUAUCAAUGGCUCCAUAUAGAAUCACACCUACCAAGUUGAAAGAAUUCAAGCUUCAAAUUGAUGGUUUAGUGGCACAAGGGUUCUUUAGACUGAAUAUAUCACCUUGGGGUGCACCUAUCCUAUUUGUGAUGAAAAAGGAUCACGCACUGAGGUAUGGACAUUAUGAGUUUGUUGUCAUGCCUUUAGGGUUGACUAAUGCACCUGUUAAUGAUAAAGAUCAUGAUAGGAAUCUUGAGAUUGUGUUGGAAACACUGAGAUUGGUUUCCAAGGAUGGGGUAUCCGUGGAUCCUUCUAAAGUGGAAGCAGUUAUGGAGUGGAAACAUCCUACUACUGUGACUGAGAUUCGCAGUUUUCUGGGUUUGGCUAUUAUCGGAGGUUUAUUGAGGUUCAUUUGGAAUGAGGAUUGCAAGAAAGCCUUCAAUGAACUGAAGAAGAAAUUGACUACUGCUCCAGUACUGACAAUUCCCUCAGGAGGAGGAGGAUUGAAUGGUAAAAUGGUUGCAUAUGCAUCUAGACAAUUGAAGGUUCAUGAAAGAAACUACCUUACACAUGAUUUAGAAUUAGCUGCAGUGGUGUUUGGCUUGAAAGUUUGGAGGCAUUAUUUGUAUGGUAAGAAGUUUGAACUCUUCCAGACCAAGCUGAACAUGAGGCAAGGGAGAUGGAUGGAACUCAUAAAGGAUUAUGAUUUCACCUUGGAAUAUCAUCCAGGAAAAGCCAAUGUUGUUGUUGAAGCAUUGAGUUGCAAGCCUAUAAGAGUAGUCGCAUCUAUAAUGGCACAUGAGUGGAGGAUGGUGGAAAUUGCAUCUGAGAUGGACCUAAUACCAACUACGGAUGGAGAAGAUAUUUUUAUGGGGAGUAUGAUAGUUCAACCUAGUUUGAUUAGUAAGGAAAACAUUGCUAUGGAUUUCGUGGUGGGGUUGCCUAUGACUAAGCAUGGUCACAAUUCAGUUUGGGUUAUUGUGGACCGAUUAACAAAAUCUGCACAUUUUCUGCAUGUAUCUAUGAAGUAUUCAGUUGACACGUUGAGUAAGCUCUACAUUUGUGAGGUGGUGAAACUGCAUGGGAUUCCUGUAUCCAUUGUCUCGGAUAGGGAUGCUUGUUUCACUUCUAUGUUUUGGAGUAGUUUCCAAAAGGCCAUGGGAACUAGAUAG